AUGGCAGGAAAGUUUGCAGAAAGAGACCUGCCAGAUUGGUCUGGUAGGGAUUUCAAGGAUCGUGGCUUUACGGUUGGGAUCGGAGGGCCGGUUGGAUCGGGGAAGACGGCGCUCACGCUCGCUCUUUGUCGCGCGCUAAGGGAGAAUUAUAACAUUGCGGUCGUUACAAACGAUAUUUUCACGCGCGAAGACCAAGAGUUCUUGAUCCGGAAUGAGGCACUUCCAGCCUCACGAAUUACCUCUAUCGAAACUGGUGGCUGUCCUCACGCAGCAAUUCGAGAAGACAUCUCGGCCAAUUUGGGUGCACUCGAAGAACUGCAGGCCAAGUUUGGAUGCGAGUUGUUAUUUGUCGAGAGUGGAGGUGAUAACCUCGCAGCAAACUACAGCAGAGAACUAGCGGAUUACAUUAUCUAUGUGAUCGACGUCUCCGGGGGCGACAAAAUUCCUCGAAAAGGAGGCCCUGGCAUUUCGCAAUCGGAUCUUCUUGUCAUCAAUAAAACGGAUCUCGCUCCUCAUGUUGGGGCGUCUCUUGAAGUCAUGGCCCGAGACGCAGCCAAAAUGCGUGAUGGCGGUCCUACACUUUUCACUAGCGUGAAAAACAACGAUGGCGUUGAUGGCGUGGUUCAGCUUAUUCUGAGGGCUUGGAAUGAAGCCACAGGGGGCAGGGUUGGAAAGUAA